CUGCUGCUAUGGUGCUUGCUCAAGACUUCGAAUUGCGGAUCAUGCGUGGAGAGGGCGUGGAGAGUUGUUGAGGAUGUCUGUGCUCGCAUGGGCAGUGCCAGCAGCCAUCCGCUCUCUCAACAAGCAAGUCGCAGGUACGAAGAUCAUUUCUCUCCUGGGAACCCUUACUACCUGCCCGUUGUUUAGACGUGCUCCGCUCCCCAGCUCAUUCCCUCCGCGCCCCGCCCCUUGGGGUGCCUUGAUUGGCGGUGUCUCCCGGGUUGUGCAUGCGGGGCCCCGGAUCGCAUUGCCCCCCAUCUGGUCAAUCGGGACCAGCCCUUUGCACCUCACCACAUUGACAGCAUUUGCAAGAACAGCCAUUAAAGACACGCCCCGGCUACUCUUCACAAGAAGCGGAUUCCAGAGUUCAUUGACAAGUCAGUCUCAGAAAGUACUCUUCGGCGGGCAUCGGGGCCAGGUUGAGCGGCAGAGGCUUGUGCCCCGCUGGUUUCACUCCUCGGGGGCAAGCCCUGCUGGUGCACCCACGCCGCUCUCUGGCGCCCGUGAGCGCGUCACCAUGGGCCUGGGCGCGUCGCUGCUGACCUACUUUGCCAUUGACCUGGGCAUCCAGGUGGCCGGCUGGGCCUACUCCUACUGGCAGCAGACGGACAAGUUCUACGACCUCACCGGCUCCCUCACGUACCUGACCCUGGCGGGCCUGUCCCUCUCGCGCAGCGCGGCCUCCCCGCACCAGCUGCUGCUGUCGGGCAUGGUGGCGCUCUGGGCCGCGCGCCUGGGCAGCUUCCUCUUUGCCCGCGUCCUGCACGCUGGAAAGGACGACCGCCUGGAUAGAAUCAAGUCGCAGCCGGGGACCUUCCUCCUCUAUUGGACUGUCCAGGCUGUGUGGGUGUUUGUGGUGUCGCUGCCUAUGCUGCUGCUCAACGCCUCCCCCGCGGCGCCCCUCGGCCCUGUGGCCUACCUGGGGGCAGGCAUCUGGGCGGCAGGCUUUGCCGUUGAGGCCGUGGCGGAUCACCAGAAAGACAGGUUUCGGCGUGACCCCAGCAAUAAGGGCAAGUGGAUCGACAGUGGCCUCUGGAGGUACAGCCGCCACCCCAACUACUUUGGCGAGAUCACGCUGUGGACGGGCGCCGCGCUGUGUGCCGCGUCUGCCCUGCAGCCCCUCCCUGCCGCAGCAUGUUUCCUGAGCCCCCUCCUGUCGUACCACCUGACCAUCAACGUCAGCGGGGUAAGCCCCGGCAUCUGUGCGGCACUCCCCAAAGUGGCUCGGACAGAGUCUGGGGCGCUGAAUGCGGACGGCUCUGCCGAUGGUGGAGAAGGGCGCCCACAAGCGGUGGGGCGGCGACCCCGCGUAUCAAGCGUACCUGCGCGACACAAGCGCCGUCAUCCCCUGGCCCCGCAAGCCCAACGGCAGCUGAAGCGAGGCACGCACACCGGGCGAGGGCCCUAUGUACCUGUCGUCCGUCCGUCAAAAUCCCUGUACUUACCCAUUGCUGCAGCGGAAGAAGCGCGGCAGACUUAUUGCACGCAAAAGGUGCGCGCGGCAUGCUUGCAUUUCAUGAUAUGUAGCCAGCUUUGUAUACGCAGUAGUCAUCUGACCGCACGGGAAGUGCAAUAA